CUGUGAGUUGAGUAGCUUCAACCAAGUAAAUUAAAAAAAUAUCGAUUCACACAGAGUUCUGGACAAAAAUCCAGAAUAAAUUCCUCUUGUCUGUGUAGAUAAAUAUAUUUUUUAAAAGUACUUUUUAUCGCAUUUUUAUCUCUUCGUCCAUCCAACAUUCCAAAGGGUUUUUCGUGUAUUUUUUUUAAACCAACUUAAUCGGCAACCAUGUACCAAGUGAGAAAUCUCGUGAAAAAAGCUGUUGCCAAGCAAGAAAUUGCAUUGCUCGCAAAGCAAAUUCCCGCCAUCAGUGCAGUCCAGAGUCGCGCCUAUGCCGACCACAAAAUCCCGGAGCGUCUCCAGGACGUGCCCACUGCCAAGGACCCCAAAUUCUUCGAUAUGGUCGAGUACUUUUUCCAUCGUGCCUGCCAAGUGGUCGAAGACCAACUUGUGCACGAGUUGAAGAAGGAACGUUCGCCCUUGGAGGAGAAGAAGAAGAAGGUUAAGGGUAUUUUGGCACUCAUGCAACCCUGCGAUCACAUCAUCGAAAUUGCAUUCCCCUUGCGACGUGACAAUGGCGAUUACGAAAUUAUCACCGGUUAUCGUGCUCAACACAGUACUCACAGGACACCAACAAAAGGCGGUAUUCGUUUCUCGCUCGAUGUGUGCCGUGACGAGGUCACUGCCUUGUCUGCGUUGAUGACGUUCAAGUGUGCCUGCGUCGAUGUGCCCUUCGGUGGUGCCAAGGCCGGUAUCCGUAUCAACCCCAAGGAGUAUUCCGAGCAUGAAUUGGAAAAAAUCACGCGUCGCUUCACCAUCGAGCUCGCGAAGAAAGGUUUCCUCGGCUCCGGCGUCGAUGUGCCCGCUCCCGAUAUGGGCACUGGCGAACGUGAAAUGUCCUGGAUUGCCGACACCUACGCCAAGACCAUCGGUCACAAAGACAUCAAUGCUCAUGCCUGCGUCACUGGCAAGCCCAUCAAUCAAGGCGGUAUCCAUGGACGUGUUUCUGCCACCGGUCGCGGUGUCUUCCACGGCUUGGAAAACUUCAUCAACGAAGCCAACUACAUGAGCAUGAUCGGAUCCACGCCAGGAUGGGGCGGCAAAACGUUCAUCGUGCAAGGUUUCGGUAAUGUCGGUCUCCAUACUUGCCGUUAUUUGGUCCGUGCUGGAGCCAAAUGCGUCGGUGUCAUCGAACACGACGGAUCCAUCUUCAAUCCAGAAGGCAUUGACCCCAAGGCUCUCGAAACCCAUUUGUUGGAACACGGAACAAUCAACGGUUUCUCCGGUGCCCAAAAGUACGAAGGCGAGAACUUGAUGUUCGAAGAGUGCGACAUCUUCGUACCAGCUGCCGUCGAAAAAGUCAUCACAAGUGACAAUGCUCACAAAAUCAAGGCUAAGAUCAUUGCUGAAGCUGCCAACGGUCCCACAACACCAGCCGCCGACAAGAUCCUCAUCGACCGCAACAUUCUCGUUAUUCCCGAUUUGUACAUCAAUGCCGGUGGUGUCACAGUUUCCUUCUUCGAAUGGUUAAAGAAUCUUAACCACGUCUCAUACGGUCGUCUUACCUUCAAAUAUGAACGUGAAUCCAACUUGCAUUUACUUGCUUCGAUUGAGGAGUCAAUAAAUAAGGCUCUCGAAAAUGACAAAUCCGUUCAGGAAUCUUUGGAACGUCGCUUCGGAAAUGUCGGUGGUCGUAUCCCAGUUACGCCAUCGGAAGCCUUCCAGAAACGCAUUGCUGGCGCAUCCGAAAAAGACAUUGUCCACAGCGGUCUCGACUACACAAUGGAACGUUCCGCACGCGCCAUCAUGCGUACCGCCAUGAAAUACAACUUGGGCUUGGAUUUGAGAACAGCUGCCUACGUCAACUCCAUCGAAAAGAUCUUCACCACAUACCGCGAUGCUGGAUUGGCCUUCUAAAGGUGCUAAUUCCUUGCUCACCACAAAACAAAAAAAGUAAAAAAGAUGCUUCGCAAAAAAAAAAA